AUGUUAGCAGCAGCCCCACGGGGGCCCUGCGGCAGCCCUACGGGGGCCCUAGGGGCCCCCUUCAAGACCGAGCGGCCUACAUACUUAGCCACUCAGCCAGAGCACUCAGUUAAACAAGAGGAGGAGUCACUACAACAGGCGAAUGCGGAGAACACUGCGGAGAAAUCAAGCGGCAGCAAGGCCCCCAGCACCAAGAACGCAGGCCUACUCUCCACGAUCCCGCGUCAAGUCAUCAAUCAGCAAAUGGAGAAUACUACUACAAUUUGGCCUGCUAUCUCUACAUGCCUAGGCAAUAUCGCAUUGAUAUGGUAUAUCAUUGAGUUGACGACGCAAGAGAAGGACCUACUGCGGCGGUCACAGCCAAAUCACUAUGGCCAAUUGGGUCUCUUCAGGACGGAGUUCGGACGAUGCAUAUUUGGACGAAUUGAAACCGCCUGA